GACCAUCCUGAUUUAUGUGAUUCGUUCCAACGACUCUUCACACAAGACAUCAAACUACCAAUUCUGUCCCUAACCUUUCCGCUCUAUUGCAUAUAAUUCUCAGUUUCUCUGUCUGUCGUCCACUCUCACUCCGAAAAAAUGGCUCUCGAGGUCGUCGCUGCUGUCAAGGCUGCUCCUGGCGCACCGGAUAUUCUUGGAGAUUGUCCAUUUUCACACAGGGUCCUCCUAACUUUGGAGGAGAAGAAAGUUCCGUACGAGUUGCGUCUUAUCAACGUUACCGAUAAACCCGGAUGGUUUUUGGAGGUGAACCCAGGAGGGAAGGUGCCGGUUGUGAAGUUCGAUGACAAAUGGGUGGCUGACUCUGAUGUUAUCGUUGGGAUUCUUGAGGAGCGGUACCCUGAACCGUCUUUCAUAACUCCUCCUGAAGUUCUGACGCUCUCCGUGGGAUCAAAGAUUUUUGGGGCGUUUGUGACAUUUUUGAAGAGCAAGGAUCCCAAUGACGGAUCGGAGCAAGCUUUGCUUGAUGAAUUGAAGGCCUUGGAUGAACACCUUAAGGCACAUGGACCUUAUAUCGCUGGAGAGAAGAUAAGUGCUGUUGAUUUCAGUCUGGCACCAAAGCUGUUCCAUCUCGAGGUGGCUCUUGGUCACUUCAAGAACUGGACUGUCCCUGAAAGCUUAACUCAUUUCCACAACUACAAGAAGUUGCUUUUCUCUCGGGAAUCUUUUGAGAAAACAAAGCCUGCAAAAGAACAUGCAAUUGCAGGAUGGGCGCCGAAGGUCAAUGCUUAAAAGAGAUCUAAAUUAAAAUGGCUCUUGAAGUGUAGUUGUGAACUGUGGUUGAGACAUGUGAACGUUAGGACCAAUGAUCCCAUGUCUAGUAAAUGUGAUCUUAUAUGUUGUUUGUGCUAGCUACUGAUUUUGCUUCUUUUUCUUCCCCUGUUUCCCGAACGCCCUGGUAUUUUUUUCUGUUGGUGGUCUUUAUGUACUCUGUUUUCCUCUGGGAGUGUGUGCAUUUACCUAGAUAACUCUUUUCCGUGUUCGGCUUGGGUUGUGGACAACGUGUCCCAUAACAGAAACAUUACCCUCAUCCAAUGAAAUUGGACUCGAGCCUAGUCCAUAUUCUA